AUGGCCGCUCGAGUAGAUGAGGAAUAUGAUUAUUUGUUCAAGAUUGUUUUGAUUGGUGACUCAGGGGUUGGAAAAUCCAACUUGCUCUCUCGUUUCACACGCAAUGAAUUCAAUUUAGAAUCGAAGUCCACCAUCGGAGUUGAAUUUGCAACAAAAUCCAUUCAAGCUGAAGGAAAAACCAUCAAGGCCCAAAUUUGGGAUACUGCAGGUCAAGAACGUUACCGUGCCAUCACAUCAGCUUAUUAUAGAGGAGCCGUUGGUGCCUUGCUUGUGUAUGACAUCUCGAAACACGGAACUUUUGAGAAUGUUGAACGUUGGUUGAAAGAAUUGCGUGAUCAUGCGGAAGCAAACAUUGUAGUUAUGCUUGUGGGAAACAAAAGCGAUUUGCGUCAUCUCCGUGCAGUGGAGACGGAUGAGGCGAUGGCGUUCUCUGAACAGCACAAUCUUGCAUUCAUUGAAACCUCUGCUUUGGAUGCUAGCGGAGUAGACACUGCUUUCCAGAGAAUCCUGACCGAAAUUUACAGGUUGAUGUCCCGCCGGAAUGUUGCCGCGGAGGAAGCUGCAAAUCAACCUUCUUUGACUGCAGGAAAAACCAUUAGUUUGAGCCAAGACAGCAACCAGAAGAAGGGGUGCUGCGCGUCUGUUUAA